CUCGUAGCGUCAGUGCGUAUUGGACGUGUGUCGCAUUUUUAUUUCUAAGUGAAUCGCGUGUGACUGGCUGCGCGGAUUACGUGCGUUUUUAGUGCUGUUUUUGUGAAUUGAGUGGAGUGUGUGCUGUGUCCUGUUUUACUUAUAGUGCUUCAGACGAUGACCGCGUGUGUUUGACGUGGGGAUGUAUCCAAGCGCGGGCGCAAUGAACGCCGCAGCCGCCGCCGCUGCCGUGGCGGCCGCCAGGCAUCCGGGACCGCCGCAGCCGGGUCAACCAAUAAAGUUCACCGUCGGCGAAUCGUGUGAUCGGAUUAAAGAGGAAUUUAACUUUCUUCAAGCACAAUAUCAUAAUUUAAAAUUAGAAUGUGAAAAACUGGCUAGUGAAAAAAUCGAAAUACAAAGGCAUUAUGUUAUGUACUAUGAAAUGUCGUAUGGCCUCAAUGUGGAAAUGCACAAACAGACGGAGAUAGCGAAAAGGCUAAACGCUAUAAUAGCUCAGAUCUUGCCCUUCCUGUCGCAAGAGCACCAGCAACAAGUAGCGUCGGCGGUGGAGAGGGCGAAACAGGUCACUAUGACAGAACUUAACGCUAUUAUAGGGCAACAAAGGCCAGACCUGCCAAGGUUGCUGCAGCAGAUGCACGCGGCCCACCUCCCAGCACACGGAGCGCCGCCGCUGCCGCUGCUAGGCCAGGGGGCCUUACCGCCGGCGGGCCUGUUAGGCCUCGGCGUCCCGCAUCACCCACUGUCGGUCCUGGCCAAACCGCCCGACCAUCAUCGGGCGGACGAUAAGGGAAACGGUAUCAGCUCAGCAGAGGAAAGACAUAGAAAUUCAAUAUCACCCGGUGAAAGGGAAAAAUACAGAACGCGGAGUCCAGCGGAGCCAGACCACAAGAAACUAAAGAAAGAGGAAAAAGAUAUGGGACAUGAGUUAGUAGUGGACGACGCGAGCGAAGAGCCUACGUCACCACAUAACGGAGCGCCCUCACCGCGUGAAAAUGGACUAGACAAACUACAACCUAAGAAAGAACACCCCCCUCAUAGUCCAAGGUCUGGAACCUCGAGUAACGCCUCAACACCGUCAGCCAAGAAACUGGAUGAGAAGCCAAGCACGCCCAUAUCCAAGCCCGUAACGCCGACGUCAGGUGCCAGCGGCGCUGGCGCGGGCGGUGCGCCGCUCAAAGCCGCGGUCAAGCCGCCCGCGCUGCAGUACCCGUAUCUAGGCAACGGCGCGCACGACGCUUACGGCCUGGCCGGGUACUCGGCGCGCGCGGCGCUGGCGUACGAGCCGCUGCGCCCGCCGCUUGGGCCCGCCGCGCUAGCACCCAUUCCUGGAGGCAAACCAGCAUACUCAUUCCACGUGUCAGCGGAGGGGCAGAUGCAGCCGGUGCCGUUUCCGCCCGACGCGCUCAUGGGGCCCGGCAUCCCGCGGCACGCCCGACAAGUCUCAGCGCUAGCACACGGCGAGGUGGUGUGCGCGGUCACCGUGUCAUCUCCUACAAAAUACGUGUACACGGGAGGCAAAGGCUGCGUCAAGGUGUGGGACAUCAGCCAGCCCAGCAAGGCGCCCGUCAGCCAGCUCGACUGCUUGCAACGCGACAACUACAUCAGAUCGGUGAAGUUGUUGCCUGACGGGCGCACGCUGAUCGUGGGCGGCGAGGCGUCCAACCUGUCCAUCUGGGACCUGGCGUCGCCCACGCCGCGCAUCAAGGCCGAACUCACUUCCUCCGCGCCGGCGUGUUAUGCGCUAGCCAUCAGCCCCGAUUCCAAGGUUUGCUUCAGCUGCUGUUCGGACGGGAACAUCGCGGUGUGGGACCUGCACAACCAGACGUUGGUGCGGCAGUUCCAAGGGCACACGGACGGCGCCUCCUGCAUCGACAUCUCGGCUGACGGCACCAAACUCUGGACCGGCGGCCUCGACAAUACUGUGCGGUCAUGGGAUUUGAGAGAAGGCAGACAACUACAGCAACACGACUUCAGUUCUCAGAUAUUCUCGCUGGGCUACUGUCCAACAGGCGAGUGGCUGGCAGUGGGCAUGGAGAACAGCAACGUGGAGGUGCUGCACGCAGUGAAGCCGGACAAGUACCAGCUGCACCUGCACGAGUCGUGCGUGCUGUCGCUACGCUUCGCCAGCUGCGGCAAGUGGUUCGUCUCCACGGGGAAGGACAACCUGCUCAACGCCUGGCGCACGCCCUACGGGGCUAGUAUAUUCCAGUCAAAAGAAUCAUCAUCGGUGCUUAGCUGUGACAUCUCAUCAGACGACAAAUACAUAGUGACGGGCUCUGGCGACAAGAAAGCCACAGUGUACGAGGUGAUCUACUAGUGCGAAACGCUAACAGACGUUCAGAAAAGCGAACAAACUAGAUCAAGUGACUGUGUACAAGUGAGUGAGAACGUUCCGCGAACGAACAGUGGAAAGUGGUGAUAUAGCUUUAGUGUAUGUAUAGAUUAUAUUGGGAAGCCUGUAUGUACUUAUGCGACUUGUUUAUAUAGAUUAGUGUGCGCGAUUUAUGUUUAUUUGUUGAGCGCCCGUAGUGUAUGUUGGCAGCAGAUCUCAAAAUGACGAUUUCGUUUCAAUAUUGUUGUAAAAUGCUCGUAUUAAAGAAAAGAUAUGCGCAAAUUAGAA